CCAACACUAAUAAUUCAUUCUUUUCCUCUUUUGCCUCUUCUUCUUGUUCUGGUUCUUCACCCAAACCCUAAUAAGAAAAUGGUGGAAUCCAAGUUGACUUAUGAAGAAUGUCGUCGCCAAAGGCUAGAAGAGAACAAGAAAAAAUUGGAAGAACUGAAUCUCACCAAGCUCGCUCAGGCUCUUAAAACCCCCACUCCCAAAAAAUCUCCUGCUAAGAGGCGGGUUCUUAAGUCCCCGAAGUCGUUGGAGCCAGUGAGAAGGUCAAGUCGUUGUGCUGACAAGCCGGCUCCAAACUACAAAGAAGAUCUUCUUGGACCUUUAAUGACCAUCGGAAGAAGGAGCUACCAACGGAGAGAUAUACUUAAUCGCGUUUAUGCUUCGCAUGAAGAGAGAGUCUAUGCUAUUGAAAGAGCUGAAAAGAUUCAAUCAAACUUAGAUUCUCAAUUCCCAAGUUUUAUCAAGCCUAUGCUACAGUCACAUGUGACUGGGGGCUUUUGGCUGGGUCUGCCCAACCACUUCUGCAAGAAACAUCUCCCCCAUUAUGAUGAAAUGAUCACUUUGGUGGAUGAGGAAGGAAAUGAAUCUCAAACAAAAUACCUUGCUGAGAAAGCUGGUCUAAGUGGUGGAUGGCGAGGAUUUUCUAUUGAUCAUGGACUAGUAGAUGGGGAUGCGGUGGUGUUCCAUCUUGUCACGCCUACAACAUUUGAGGUGUACAUUGUCAGGGCGUACGAGUCAGAAGACCGUGAUGAUAACAACGAGGAUUCAGUUGACACUCACUUGGGCAGGAGUGACAAACAAACCAGAUCAAAAGACAACAAAGACAAAAGCAAUGAGGAUUCGGAUGACACUCACAAGGCCAGAAGUGGCAAACGAACCAGAUCAAAAGACAACAAAGACGAGGAGGAGGAUCUGGAUGGCACUAACAAAGGCAGGAGUGGCAAACGAACUAGAGCAAGUAGAAAGUAAUCUGUGAAAAUGUCAGAUUUGGCAGCAUAGAAGCCAUAGUAGAAAUUUUAUCUCCGCAACAUGCUCUGGAGUCUUAUGUUAGUGUCAAAAGUUAUUAAAUUGACUUGAGCUUUAAACCAUCGUAACUUAUUAGUUUAUCGAAACAGUUGGGAUUACUAAAGAAAAACAAGUUGACCGUAAGUCAAGCAUGGCAGUGUGGAACAUAGACGAGCAAUGAGAUUAGUGUAUUCUGUAAAAUGGAGGAUAUCUUCUGAUGUCUUGUAGAUACUGAAAUUUGCUAGUGAAAAAUCGAAUCAAGAAGAUGUCCUCUUUGGCAACGAAA